AUGAGGAGGACGAGUUCUCCAGAGACAAGAGAACAUCAAAACCAGAUGGCUCCAGAACGGCCGAAAAGAUUGCUUAUUUAUAGAAUUAAAUUUCCUAAUAAAAUGGAAGAAACCAACCAUUACUCCCUUAUCCCAAAUAAUAAGGAAAAUAAUGUGGAUCUUAAUAUCCAAGGUCAUCCUACGAACCUCGAUUCAUUAGAGGGUGAAAUUUCUGUCGUGCUUAAACAUCGUUUGCUUAAAGGUACACGCUUAGACCAUGCUGUUUAUGUGAUUGUGCAAGUUAGCCUUGAGGCUAGAGGUAUUUCUUCAGUGUACAUUGAGGCUAUAUGGAAUAUGUACGACAGAGUGUCGACUAACAUUCAAACACCAGUGGGGAUAACAGAGUCUUUCCCAGUUAAAGUUGGGCUACAUCAUGGAUCGGCUCUAAGCCCUUUAAUUUUUACUGUCAUUAUGGAAAAGAUUUCUAAAUCAAUUUAG